UUGGUCGACCAAAACAUCCAAAAAAAGAUAUCGAAAGGCGAAUGGCGUCGAACAAUUAUCGACAAUGCGUAGAAAUUGCGAAUCACGUGUGACUAUAAAGACGAUUUACUUUGACGAAAGUCGAGAUUACUCAGUUCUCACAUUACACCAUUUAUUUAUAUAAUAUAAUACAAUAUACUGUAAGAUUAUUAUUUAUCGAGUAAAUAAAAUCAAGUAAAUCGGAGCAACUGUUUAUUGAUAAUAGCUGAUCAGAAAAUUCUGUUGAUAUUUAGAAAUAAAUAGCGAGAGUUAAUAAUUGUUGGACCACACGUAAGAACUUUUUACCGUACCACUCUUAACUUUUCAACUGUGGUACAGUUUCGCAAAAAAAUUCUAAGGAUCUGGUUUAUUGGAUUGGAGAUUAGAAAGAGAUAGCUGUUCUAGUUGUAUGUCGUUGGCUCUUUGUACGCAUGUAGACAUGUGUGAGUCUUCAAGGUGAUUCACUACCAAAAAUAGUAUGGAUAAUUAUUGCUGAUAAAUAAUUAAAGAUGUUCAUUUCAAAUUACGAAUAUUAUUUUCUCCUGCUAAUUGUCAUUAUUCCAGUCUACUUAUUUUUCCGUCUUUGGUCCUGGAUCGGAUGGGAAUUGUUUGUCAAUAAUUAGUUUAUUAAAAUAUAUAAAUUUAUUUACUGAA